AAGCAAUCAAAAGUACACAGAGUAUUUUGUGGUUAAAGAUGGAGGUGGAUUAAUCAUGAUAAAUAGUACAAUGCUAAUGGAAUUAUGGAUACUGUUGAGGUAAUUAUUCCAUCUGUGGAAGAACUUUCUCGUCAGCCAGAAACAAAUGUACCCUGUCCAGCAGAAGGAUGUGAUAUGGUCUUUCAGACUCGCUCUUCUCAGCGUAUGCAUGUUGUCAAGACCCAUGGCUUGAUUCAGGACCAGUCAGAGGGUGUAUUGUAUGGACAUGGAGGAAAGCAAAAAGGCAAACGAAAAUUAUAUUACUGCCCAGUGAAGGAUUGCAAUAGAGCACAAAGCGUGCAAAAGCCAUUUCAUCGAAGACAUUCUUUACGUCAGCAUUACUUCAUUUGUCAUGGAGAAAAAACAUUUAUCUGCUCAAAAUGUGGUCGUGGCUUUGGGACAGCCAACAUCAAAAAGAGACAUGAGACAACAUGUGGUCAGAUAUUCCACUGCACCUGUCAGUGUCCCUUUACGUCAAGAGAGUCUCUACUGAUGCACGCUAAAAGGCAGGGGCAUACUUUACCUGUGCAAUAUCAACGUUUGCCGUUGCCAAAGAAACAGAAGCCUAACCAACAAGUAUUGAUGAAGGUCCCACCAAAAAGUGCUCCAGACCAACCCAAUGGCUUACCGCGUAAACCAAAUUUCAUCCUUCCAAAACCAACAAUCAUGACUGUAUCUAAGGCAGCUUUGCUUCAUCCAGAAAACACCACUUUAGUGACAGUAAAUAAUGGUGUUAUUACAGAUAUCAAAGAGAUAAGACCUGUCCAAAUUUCUCAAAGACCAAGUUUCACAACAUCUGUCAAACUGAAUAUUAAAGAUGUUCUUUGUAAGAAACCCUCAGAAUCGAGGCCUGAAUUGAGUAAUACCCAAGCACAGUGGAGUGCAAUAGACACUCAGACUGUUGACUGGAGGCAGGAUAAUUCUACAAACACACAUAUAAAUGAAAAUGUUGCUGACCAACAGGUGCAAGUUCUACCAGAGAUGUUGACAGUUGGCACAAACUUUCCUGGAGUUCCGGAAACGGAUGCUCACACUCAAACGAACAUGCAGCAGACUUCAAACAGAGAUAUGAGUUGUACGCAGUCUAACUCCCAGAUGCAGGUGAUGAACAUCAGUAAUACGAUGAGUAAUGCAUUAGUCCAGACUAUGCCACUGAUUCAUGUAGAUGAUCUGACAUCAAGUCCAUGUAGUGGCAGUGGACAGAACAUGGAAACUCAGACCUCAAGCUAUCUUCUGCUACAAGCAAUGACUGAAAUGCUUCAAAGGCAAGAUGCCAAUCAGCAACCCCCAGUAAUCAUAAGCACUGCAAGUCACUCUGUUCACAACCAACAUCAACUUCAUACAUCUUCAUUUAGACAUUUUGGAGGAAAAUUAACUGUUAGUCAAACUGCGCCUAGGAGACAUCCUGUGAAAGUUGUUCCAAGUUCAAGAGCUUCUUCGCAAACACAGACUCAUAAUCCAAUGAACCAGACCACUGCUCCACAAGAUUUAAAUUACGUUUCUUCGACCAAUAACAUAUUAGCUGACCAGAGAUCUUUCCAUGGUGGAAGACAUGGUAAUCCUCCAAAAAUUAGCAGGGAGAGCUCCUUACAACAACUUUCAUCACCAAACACAGGACCAUCUAUUGAUACCCAAUCUGCUUUAAGUCAGAAACAUUCUAAGAAUUUGGCAUUUAGGGAAUAUGAUCAGAGAGAUGAAAAUUUGACAUCAUUGCAAGAAGAAGAAAAGAAUGAUUCAAAUGAUGAACAUGACUACUUGUCAUCUUUAGAUUUGAGGUCUUGUUCUGCAGAACCUCAUCAGAAUGUAGCCUCGACAGUUGAAGAGAGUCAGCUUUUUUCUGGACUUUCGAAUUGUACUGAAACAAACACAAUUGGAAUACAGGCAGAAAACAACAUACACGAGAAUAAUGAUCACAAUGAUUUUUCCAGCAUUGAUCAUCUCAUGGAUACAUUCUCUGAUUUUGGAGAUGUUUUUCUGGAAAGUAUUGCUACCCAAACUUUCAUGGAAGGGACAUCUCAGAAAGAGUUAACAGCUACAGCCUUACCAGAAGUGUCUUCAGCUGAAUGUUCUGGAGGAUUUUCAGCGGACAGUUGGACACCAGCUUCUAUUCAGAAGAGUUUUAUGGGCGAAAGUUUUGAGGAUCUACUUUUUGCUGAUUCUGGAAGUCAGACAGAUGAAUUUCCAGAAUUCAUUUUUGGAAAUUCGUUUAAAAUUUCGUAUUUUGAAAAUACUUCAAAAACCAUCUUACCGACCGCAACUGAGACUAAUAAGGAAAAUGGUGCUUUGACAGAUAGUGCCACAGCUGAACAUUCUUUAGAACAAGUUGUAAAUGGAUUUACCGAUCUUGAUGUUAGGCCAAUUGAGGAUUCUAGGACUCACGAAUUAUGUGAUGUCAAUAUACCAGAGAGAAGUUCCAGUUUAGAAGAACAUAAGUCUUGUGAGACUGAAACAUCACAUAAAUCACCAGAUAAUGAUUAUGGAGAAGUGUCAGGUAAUGUCUCUGAAGUUAGUGGAUCUGCAUCAGAUGUCAAUACAUCAGUGGAGCUUGUACAUUUGAAAAACUUAGCUGUGGAUGAAGCAAGCGUUAAUAAAGAUGGAAAUGAUAGUGACAAGUCAUUACAAAGCUCUGUUGAAAAUCCAGACAAACGGUGCUCUCAAUUGGCAAGUGCUGGUGGUCUGAUUAUUGAAAAGGAAGUAAAUAUUCCUGUUCCUGGGUUUAGUGAUGUUGAAACGCAAGCAGAUAUUUAUCCACUUAAAAGAAUUCGAUUGAGUGCUGUGAUGAGCAACAAUGAAACACAGACGAAGCAGGAUACUUUAGCUACAUCAUCUGACAAAGUUGUUCCAGCAGAAGGUCGUCAGGUUAAAUCAAAUAUUGUUUUAACAGCUUCAAGCCUACAGCAGAUGCAGGAACCACCAGUACCACCAGGAAGUGAUGGCACACACAUCUCCAAAAAAAAUACCUCCGAGACUUUUCAGAAUGUUGAGAGAUCAACAGCAAGGAACGAAGAGAGAAGAGAUGUCACUAAGUAUUGCAAUGCUGAGAUCCAAGCUGACAUCAUUGUCAAUGUGACCAGACACCAGAAAGAGGAUGUUACAGGAACAUCAAUCACUGAGACAACAAGUGUCUUGGACCAAACACAAAACCCUUUAGAUAGAGACACAUAGCCCCGAUGACUGCUAAUCAAUCUUAUAAGUCAAUUGUGACGCCAUCAACUCCCAAUGUUAUUUGCCUAUCCCCCACAGUAGUUAUGAAAUCAUCCCAAGAUUUUUACCUGUCUGCACCGACCAAAAAGUUAGUGACAGUGACUGUAUUCUCUCUCAAAUGCUUUGAAAAAUGUUUAUUUCUUUGACAAAUGUGAAAAAUUACAAACAAGUUCUUCUAACACAAUACAAAUUACAAAAUAGCCUAGUUAUUUAUUGUAUCUGUACAGUACUGAUGUGUAGUUAACGCGUAGGCCUACUGCAGGAGCACAAGUCAGCAUACGCACAAAAUAUAAAUAUGCACACAGUAUACUGAUCAUAUCACUAUAGCAACCAAUGACUGGUACAACACAGUUGGUUAGAAAAACUAACAUUAAAAGACUGCGAUUGACUUAUAAAGCAAUUAGUAGAGCAUGCAUCGUACGGUAGUGGAAAAUUAUUAUACUUAGGUUAGAUUUAAUGCAUUCAAAAAUUUCCGUCGGUCCUUG